AUGGUCCGCACUUCCGUUCUCCACGAUGCUCUCAAGAGCAUGAACAACGCCGAGAAGGCCGGCAAGCGCCAGGUGCUCAUCCGCCCCAGCUCCAAGGUCAUCGUCAAGUUCCUCCAGGUCAUGCAGCGCCACGGUUACAUCUCUAGCUUCGAGGAGGUCGAUGACCACCGCUCCGGCAAGAUCGUUGUCCAGCUUAACGGCCGCCUCAACAAGUGCGGUGUCAUCUCCCCCCGCUACAACGUCCGUCUCUCCGACCUCGAGAAGUGGGUUGUCAAGCUGCUCCCUGCCCGUCAGUUCGGCUACGUCAUCCUCACCACCUCUGCUGGUAUCAUGGACCACGAGGAGGCCCGUCGCAAGCACGUUGCCGGCAAGGUCAUCGGCUUCUUCUACUAA